CAGCAAAGUUGUUGGUAAGCAAAAUUGUAGGCCUACCAACUCCUUAGUUCCUGAUAUCUAUUGACAUAUUAAUAGACCAAAGAUUACAUUCCCAGUUCCCAAUCCGCCUUGGGUAUAAAAACCCGCUGGCAGCGAUCUCAUCAGUUUAGUUUGCCAUUGCCAUUCGAUGAUGUUGCUCCACCUGAAUUAUUUGUUGCUGCUGAGUUGCUGCUGCCUGGUUUUCAUGGUCACAGCGCAGGUUCCCAUCACGCCCCGAGAAUGCCCUGAAAAUGAGACUUUCCUGCCCUGUGGACCCAGUUGCCAGACGGAGUGCUCCACGUUGGGAAAACCAUGCCUAAUAAACCAUAUUCGAUGCCCCGAUGGAUGUUACUGCAACAAGGGAUUCGCUAGGAAUGCCGGCGGCAGGUGCAUUCCCCUCAACAGAUGCAAAAAAACAACAGCUUACGGAAAGUGAAUUGGUGUGUUAUCAAGAAAUACAUACAUAUGUACAUAUGUCUGUCUAAUUAAAAACGCGAUGAAAAAAUGGA